UUUGCUUUUAUACGGAUCUAAAUCCCUAAUUUCAACAAUUCACCUCCAAAAUCUCAUAUCUCCCAAAAUAUUAAAAAAAAAAAUCAAUUUAACAGAGUGAGAAAGGGGAGAGGAAACAGAUACUGCACGAGCUUCCUCGCUUCUGUUUUUGGUUACUCGAGAAAGAAAAAAAAAAUGAUGAUGGAAAGAAGAGAUCCAGCUAUUAAGCUCUUCGGGAUGAAAAUCCCUUUUCCGGCGGUUUAUGAGUCGACGGUGGCGAUUGAGGAGGAGGAAGAGGAGGAGGUGAUGGAGUUGAGCGGCGGAGAUGGAGGAGAGGAUAAACCAGCUGAGAAGGUAACUUCAGAGUUAGUAUUAGAUAAGAACAACAACAAAUGUAAAGACAAGAGUCAUGACUCCAAACCCGAGACCAUGGACAAAGAAGAGACGACAUCAACAGAUCAGAUACAGAGCAGCGACUCGCCUGAGGAGGACGACAACAAUCAGCAGACAACAGCAGACGGCAAAACCCUGAAGAAACCAACCAAGAUCCUGCCAUGUCCGAGAUGCAAAAGCAUGGACACCAAGUUCUGUUAUUACAACAACUACAACAUAAACCAGCCUCGCCAUUUCUGCAAGGCCUGUCAGAGAUACUGGACAGCCGGAGGCACCAUGAGGAACGUACCCGUCGGUGCAGGACGGCGCAAGAACAAAAGCUCCUCCUCUCAUUACCGUCACAUCACCAUCUCCGAGGCUCUAGAGGCAGCGAGGCUCGACCAGGGCUUGCAGGCGAACACCAGAGUCCUGAGUUUCGGCCAACAACAGCACGCUGCUCCCAUGACAACACCCGUGAUGAAGCUAAAUGGGGACCAGAAGGUCCCAAACGGAGCUAGAAACGGGUUUCAUCACGGGUUACCGGAUCAUCAGCGGGUCGUGGCUCGGGUUGAGAAUGGAGAUGAUUGCUCAAGCGGCUCCUCUGUGACUACCUCAGUGGAUGAAUCAAGAGCACAAAGCUGCAGAGUUGUUGAACCACAGAUGAACAACAACAACGUGAAUGGUUACGCUUGUAUCCCGGGCGUUCCAUGGCCUUACACGUGGAAUCCGGCGAUGCCUCCACCGGGUUUUUACCCUCCACCGGGUUACCCAAUGCCGUUUUACCCUUACUGGACGAUCCCAAUGAUAUCACCUUCACCGCAUCAAACCACGUCGCCUAUGAGUCAAAAGGGUUCAAGUCCAAACUCUCCCACUCUCGGGAAGCACUCGAGAGACGAAGAAAAGGACAAUGAGACAGAGCGGAAACAGAGGAUUCUUGUCCCGAAAACGUUGAGAAUAGACGAUCCUAACGAAGCAGCAAAGAGCUCGAUAUGGACAACGUUAGGGAUCAAGAACGAAGGGAUGAGCAAAGGAGGUAUGUUCAAAGGGUUUGAUCACAAGACGAAGAGGAAUCACAACGAUAAAGCAGAGAACUCCCCUCUUCUUUCUGCUAACCCUGCUGCUCUAUCAAGAUCACUCAAUUUCCAGGAACGGGUUUAGAGUUAAUAUACUUGUGUGUAUAUAUGUAUGAUUCGAUGUAUAGAAUGUUGUAGAAUGAUGAGGUUUUGAGAAUCAAACUCUUUUUCUUCUUCCUCGUGAUCAUAUCCAUCCAAGAUGUUUUGUACUGUACACUAUCGAUUUACCUUUUGUUUUGGUCUUUGAUUUUUUUUGUUUCACUUUUUUUUUCCUUAGUUUCUUUCUUCAUUUGUCAAAAAAUGUUGGAAGAACAUUAAUGGUAAAAAGUUGACAUUGACCUUUGUUGCGUUGGCAAUUCAACCGACACUCUUCUCUGAGUCUU